AUGAGAUCUAAGAUACUCACCCCAGGACACCCCCUGUCCACAAAACGAUCAGCCGCUAAGCGCUCAAAAACUUUGCUUGAAACUAUGACCCUUCCUAGUUCACUGAUUCAGUUCAGUGGCCACCACUACAUCCGGCAUCGACUAGUGCUAUCAAUACUAAGCGGGAAGCCAAUACGCAUUGAUAAAAUCCGUCCCGAUGACAAGAAUCCUGGUCUCCGAGACUACGAAAUAAGUCUGCUUCGGAUACUAGAGAAGGCAACGAAUGGCACUGUCAUAGAAAUAUCAGUAACAGGUACUGCACUGUUGCUGAAACCUGGGAUAAUAUCGGGAGGGACUCUCACUCACGAAUGCCCCCUCUCCCGUUCUGUUGGAUAUUUCUUGGAACCUUUGAUCAUGCUUGCCCCAUUCGCUAAGAAGCCAUUCCAAUUAACCCUUCGCGGGAUCACCACAGAUGACCAUGACCUAUCUGUGGACUUGAUACGGACGGUCACGCUGCCACAUUUACAACUGUUCGGGAUAUCAGAUGGCCUAGAAUUACGAGUUAAAAAGCGUGGUUCGCCGCCAGCAGGUGGCGGGGAGGUGCAAUUUCUGUGCCCGAUAGUCAAACAGGUCACGACCUUGAAUUUCGUUGAACCUGGUAAAAUAAAACGAAUACGCGGGAUUGCCCAUGCAGUUCGAGUUAGCCCGCAAUUCUCUAACAGGAUGAUAGAAGCCUCGCGUUCCGUGUUGAAUCGCUACAUACCAGACAUAUACCUAUACUCCGACGUUUACAAAGGUGAAGACAGUGGCAAGUCGCCUGGAUAUGCGCUGAGUUUGCUUGCCGAGUCGACAACGUCCGCCAUCUAUUGUGCAGAAGCCACCUCACAGCCUGGAGUAGCCCCAGAGGACGUGGCCCUCCUAGCUACUCGUUCACUACUUACUGAGAUUAGCAAAGGGGGCUGUGUUGACGAGCGGCACCAGACACUAGUUCUCCUUAUGAUGGUCUUGGGCAGCGAAGACGUUGGCCGUUGUCGGAUGGGCGAACCAACCCUCAGAACAAUACAAUUUCUACGCGACAUCCAUAGCCUUUUCGGAACCACAUUCAAGAUAGUACCUGCCGAGGCGAGUGGGUCGUCAAAUCAAUUGUUGUACUCGUGCUACGGCACCGGAUAUGUAAAUGUCAAUAGAAGUUUGGCGUGA